AGUCGGAGCCAUCUCGAAUCAAUCACCCCUUCCGUCUUCCGAUUCUCUUGACUUUGUUUUUCAAUCAAAUCCCAAUUUCCGUGUUAUUGUGUCGACUCUCUCUCUCUCUCUCUCUCAACAAUCACAAACCCUAAUUUCGAUCCAUUCCCCCAUCUACAGAGGGGGUACUUUAGUCAAUGUGCACACACAGUUUCAAAAAUGUCGAGUAAUAUCAGCGAAUCAACAAGGAAGCCACAAGAAACUACAUCAUCAAACACAACCACAAACGAUGCUGGUGAUUUCGAAUGCAAUAUUUGCUUCGAAUUAGCUGAAGAUCCAAUCGUCACUUUAUGUGGUCAUCUCUUUUGUUGGCCAUGUCUAUACAAAUGGCUUCACAUUCACUCACGUUCACAAGAAUGUCCAGUAUGCAAAGCCCUAAUUCAACAAGACAAAUUAGUCCCUUUAUACGGAAGAGGAAAAACCCAAACCGACCCUCGGUCAAAACCCUUGCCCGAAUUCGAAAUCCCACAUAGACCAUCCGGGCAGCGACCUGAAACUGCCCCACCUGCCCAAGAUAACGCUACAAACUUUCCGAAUUUCGGAUUUGGAGGAUUUGUUCCAAUGGCUUCUGCAAGAUUUGGGAAUUUUGCUAUGUCUUCAGGAAUCGGAGGUUUGUUUCCUUCUUUACUUGAUAUGCAAGUUCAUGGGUUUCAGAAUCCUUUACAAUAUGGGCCUAUUAGACAUGGAUAUGGGCCGAGGUUUUCGAGUGGGUUUCAUGGUGGACAUCAUGUUCAUGAGAUUUUUCAUUCGAGGAGAGGGAAUCAAGAGUAUAAUCUUUUGAAGACGUUGCUUUUGAUGAUUGGGAUCUUUAUUGUUCUUGUGAUGAUCUUGUAAAGUCAUGGAUUUGAUCUUGAAGUUAGAGAAGGUUGUUAGUGUUGUGUUCAUAUAAUAAUAAUUAAUAACUUUGUAAUUGCGCUAUAUAAUAUGAUUCUAUAUCGUGUAAAAGAUAUAGAAUGGUUAUAUGUUCUUUUCGUUUAUGAAUUAUGAAUUGUGUAGUUGAACGUUAAAGAUUCUAUAUAAAAUGCAAUUACAAUUUC